AUGCAGUAAAAAGUUCAUCUAAAAUCGCUUGAUGAUGCAUGCGAGGAUCCGCAUCUUCAUGAAGCGAUAAAAUUGUUUUUAACAAUGAAUAAAGAAAAUCACACAAGGGAAGAACUAUAUUUUAUAUUGCAAAGAAUGGAGGAACUCCCAUACUUUAAACAAUUUGUAGCUGAAAAAUUAUAGAAAGGAACGCAAAGGAAUGACAUACUUGAAGUAUUUAUUAGGUUUUUCCUCUUAGUUGUGUUCUCGAUUGAGAAUGGAAUAUUUUAAAGGAGGAGAAGUCUUAUUCUAAGAAAAUGAUCCUUCAAACGAUAAGCUAUACAUUAUUUUUUAUGGUGAUGUUAUGCUGAUGAGAUUGAAAAAAAUGGAUUAGCUAAUGACAUUGUAAAGAUAGAACUCAGAAGCUACUCCUUAGAUUCCGAAUUAAUAACAGCAAUUUAAAAUUUCUACAAUUUUACAUGCAAAAAGACUGACUCACAAAAUAGUUAAACAUCAUAAUCAUCAUAAAGAAUCCUGCAUAAAUCAAGAGGAGAAGAAGAGGUUGGAAUAAUCGUAUGGCGAAUGUAUGCGCAUCUUAGGAGAAGGAAACGGUUUCGGUGAAAAAGCAUUGGCCGAAAAUAUCCCAAGAACUCUUACUGUUGCUUGCUAUAGUUUAGAAUCAUUCAUUGUAGUGUUGAAAAAAGAUGACUUUCUGACAUAUCAAAUGACAUUCGAAAAAACAAAAAAAGAAAAGCAAUAAUUGAUGUUUAAUAUAUUUAAGAGUAAUUAUCUCUUGGAAUAAUUUAGAUGUUAAUAACGAAUAUUCAACUUAGAGAUUGGAAAGUAUGAUUUACAGUUGCUAAACAAUUUAAUAUGAUAGAGCAACAUAGCUAACAUCAGAAGACGAAAGUGGCGAUUCCUUUUACAUAAUUAUAUCAGGUGACGUAACUGUUUAUAAAAGAGUUGAUAAUAAAAACAUUCCAUUAUGCAUUGUUUCUUAAGGACACUUAUUAGGAGAGGAAAUUGUAAUUAAUAAAACUGCCAAUUAUGAAUUCACCUCAAUAGUAACAUCUUUAUAAGCCCUCGUUAUUGUCAUAGAUUCUUAAGAAUUUAUACACAAAUUUCCAGAAGAGUGUCGAAUUCAGUUAGAACAUGAUUAUAAAUAAAAAAGUCGUAAUAGGCAGAAUUUAGUUAAACUCCUUUGUUAAAAGAAAAAGAUAGACACAAUAACAAAUGGAGUUCAAAAAGAUUAGAUUUUAAAAUUAGCAGAAAUAGAUAAUUAUUUUAUCAGCAAUCGAACUAGUUUCAACAGUGCUAAGAAAACAGAUUUAAAAUUAAAUUCAAAUUUCCUAAUGGUUUAUUCUAACCCCAGUGUUCAAAAUUAUUGUAUUCAAUCCAUUGUAGAGAAAGAAAAGGUUUUUUCUUCCAUGCAAUCAAACUUGAAUCCAAUUAUUAACAAUAACAGUGAGCCAAAUGAAUUUAAUUUAGGCAAUCUAUCAAAGGAUUACCUUAAAAGAAGAAAAUUUUUAUUUUAAUCUAAAUUGAAUUAAAAACUCCCUUUACAAAACUUUUUAAAGCCCAGUUCUAGAGUACUUCCUAUGUCAAUAAAGCGUGAUGUAAUGAAAAAUUAUAAAUCAAACAACAAAAGAAUCAAUUUCCAUUCUAGUGUGAACAUCAUUAAUUAUGCUAGUCCAGUCGCAUUAAAAAAAUCUAAUUCAAAAUAUAUACAAUACGAAUGUAGAGAAAGUAGCACUAAUAUAUACACAUAAUUUGAUGAUAAAUAGUCUAUUUGA